AUGCCGGGGUCGCUGAGUAAUGAAGACGAGGGACAAGACGACAUGGAUUUUGAGGACGAUAUGCCAGAUGAGGAUGACGAAGGUGAGCGCAACCCUGUUCCCCUCACACCCCUCGACAGCUUCUUCUCUGACAACGACUCCCUCAAACAGCAAAAGAAGAAGAAGCCCAAAAAGAUGAAAGAGGGGAAAAUGCCCAAAGUUAAGAAGAGGAAAAAGGAGGGAGGAAUCCAGCCAAGAGUCGACAGCGACCUGGAGGAGACCUCAGAGGUGGAGGAGGAACGAGAACGUCCAGAAGUCGGCUCUGAGAGCGAGAGCAGCACCUACGGCCCGACCAAAAAGAAGAAGAAGAAGCCCAGGGAGAAGAAAGAGAAGAAGCCCAGGAAGAAGAAGAGGGAUGAGGAAGAUGAGGACGAGGACGAUGAUGACGGGACCACGAAAGAACCCAAAUCAUCCGGCCAGUUGAUGGAGGAAUGGGGCCUGGAAGACGUUCAGUACGGCUUCACCGAGGACGACUACAAAACCAUCACCAACUACAAGGCUUUCAGCCAGUUCCUCAGGCCUCUCAUUGCCAAGAAGAACCCCAAGAUCCCCAUGUCAAAGAUGAUGACGGUGUUAGGGGCCAAGUGGCGGGAGUUCAGCGCCAACAACCCGUUCAAAGGCGCAUCUGCCACCGCUGUGGCUGCCGCUGUGGCUGCCGCCGUGGAAACGGUUACCGUGGCGCAGCCGACUUCCGUGAGCAGCAGCCAGCCGUGCUCUCAGCUGGGGCCGAUCAAAAAAGCCAAAACCAAAGAGGGAAAGGGACCGGGAGUCAGGAAGAGAAGCAAGAGCGUGAAGGAGGUGAAGAAGAAACCCAAGCCGAAGAAGACCAAAUCAAAGUCGGCCCAGAGUGUGAAGAAGAAGAAAGCUUCCUCGAGUGAGGAGGAGUUCCUGGAGGAGUCAGACUUUGAUGACAUCAGCAUCCACAGUGCCUCUGUGCUUUCUGAUACCUCGGGGGCCGCCACCAAGAAAAAGGCACGACGUGGGCGGAAAAAAAGGAAAAAGGAGGACGGCGACGGUUAUGAGACGGACCACCAGGACUACUGUGAGGUUUGCCAGCAGGGUGGAGAGAUCAUCCUGUGUGACACCUGUCCCAGAGCGUACCACCUGGUCUGUCUGGACCCUGAGCUGGAGAAGGCCCCCGAGGGCAAAUGGAGCUGUCCACACUGUGAGAAAGAGGGGAUCCAGUGGGAGGCCAAAGAUGAGGAGGAGGAAGAGGAGGAGCCUGUGGGCGAGGAAGAGGAUGACCACUUGGAGUUUUGCAGAGUGUGUAAAGAUGGAGGAGAGCUGCUGUGUUGUGACACCUGCCCAUCUUCCUACCACAUCCACUGCCUCAACCCACCUCUCCCCGAGAUCCCCAACGGGGAGUGGUUGUGUCCACGCUGCAUGUGCCCUCCACUCAAAGGUAAGGUCCAAAAGAUUCUGCACUGGACAUGGGGAGAACCCCCGCUGCCAGCCGAACUGCCCGCCGGCCCCGACGGAGAGCCGGUGGAUCCGCUGACCAACCCUCCGCUCAAGGGCCACCCAGAGAGGGAGUUCUUUGUGAAGUGGUCUGGCCUUUCCUACUGGCACUGCUCCUGGGUCAGCGAGCUUCAGCUGGAGCUCUACCACACCGUCAUGUAUCGGAACUACCAGAGAAAGAACGACAUGGACGAACCUCCGCCGUUCGACUACGGCUCCGGCGAGGAGGAGCUCAACAACGAGAAGAGGAAGAGCAAAGACCCCCAGUAUGCCGUGAUGGAGGAGCGCUUCUACCGCUACGGCAUCAAACCAGAGUGGAUGGUCAUGCACCGGAUCAUCAACCACAGUUUUGAUAAGGAUGGCGAUGUGCAUUACCUGAUCAAGUGGAGGGACCUGCCCUACGACCAGUGCACCUGGGAGGUGGAUGACUUUGACGUCCCAGACUACGAGAGUCAUAAAGCUACAUACUGGGACCACAGGGAGCAAAUAAUAGGGGAGGACCAACGCCCCCUGGUGGUGAGGAAAGGAAAGAAACUCAAAGAGGACCACCCAAAGAGGGAGGUCCCUCCUGACGCUCCCAUCAUAGAUCCAACUAUCAAGUUUGAGCACCAGCCGUGGUACAUUAACGCCACGGGGGGAACACUGCACCCAUACCAGCUGGAAGGCCUGAACUGGUUGAGGUUCUCCUGGGCUCAGGGCACAGACACCAUCCUGGCCGAUGAGAUGGGCCUCGGGAAGACGGUGCAGACCAUCGUGUUCCUCUACUCGCUCUAUAAGGAGGGUCACUCUAAGGGGCCCUUCUUGGUGAGCGCUCCCCUCUCCACUAUCAUCAACUGGGAGAGGGAAUUUGAGUUGUGGGCUCCGGAUUUCCACGUGGUGACGUACACCGGAGACAAAGACAGCCGGGCAAUCAUCAGGGAGAACGAGUUCACCUUUGAGGACAGCGCAGUGAAAUCAGGACGCAAGGUGUUCCGCAUGAAGAAAGACACGCCCAUCAAGUUCCACGUGCUGCUGACUUCCUAUGAGCUGAUCACUAUAGAUCAAGCCGUUCUGGGCUCCAUCACAUGGGCCUGCCUGGUGGUAGACGAGGCCCACAGGCUGAAGAACAACCAGUCAAAGUUUUUCAGAAUCCUCAACGGGUACAAGAUCUACUACAAGCUGCUGCUCACUGGAACUCCUCUUCAGAACAACUUGGAAGAGCUGUUCCACCUGCUUAACUUUCUCACCCCAGAGCGCUUCAAUAAUCUCGAAGGCUUCCUGGAGGAGUUUGCAGACAUCUCGAAGGAGGACCAGAUCAAAAAGCUCCACGACCUGCUCGGCCCUCACAUGCUCAGAAGGCUCAAAGCCGAUGUCUUUAAGAACAUGCCUUCAAAGACAGAGCUGAUUGUCAGAGUGGAGCUCAGCCCCAUGCAGAAGAAAUAUUACAAGUUUAUUUUGACGCGGAACUUUGAGGCUCUGAACUCCAAAGGUGGAGGCAACCAAGUGUCCCUGCUCAACAUCAUGAUGGACCUGAAGAAGUGCUGCAACCACCCCUACCUGUUCCCAGUGGCCGCUGUGGAAGCUCCCGUGUUACCAAACGGCUCGUAUGAUGGCAACAUGCUCGUGAAGUCCUCAGGAAAACUGACGCUGCUUCAGAAAAUGCUGAAGAAUCUCAAAGAUGAAGGACACAGAGUUCUCAUUUUCUCUCAGAUGACAAAGAUGUUGGAUCUGCUUGAAGAUUUUCUGGAGUUCGAGGGUUAUAAAUAUGAACGUAUUGAUGGAGGGAUUACUGGAGGCCUCAGGCAGGAGGCCAUUGACCGCUUCAAUGCACCGGGCGCUCAGCAGUUCUGCUUCUUGCUUUCAACACGAGCCGGAGGUCUUGGCAUCAACCUGGCGAGCGCCGACACCGUCGUCAUCUACGACUCCGACUGGAAUCCUCACAACGACAUCCAAGCUUUUAGCAGAGCCCAUCGUAUCGGCCAGAACAGGAAGGUGAUGAUCUACCGCUUUGUGACGCGGGGCUCAGUGGAGGAGCGAAUCACUCAGGUGGCGAAGAGGAAGAUGAUGCUGACCCACCUGGUGGUGCGGCCCGGCCUUGGCUCCAAAACCGGCUCCAUGUCCAAACAGGAACUGGACGAUAUCCUCAAGUUUGGCACUGAAGAGCUUUUCAAAGAUGAGAUGGAGGCAGCGAGAGCCAUGGGUGACACUAAAGAAAGCGAGGAGGGCAACGUGAUUCACUAUGACGACAACGCCAUCUCCAAGCUGCUGGACCGCAGCCAGGACGCCACCGAAGACACGGAGAUCCAGAACAUGAACGAGUACCUGAGCUCCUUCAAGGUGGCUCAGUAUGUAGUGAAGGAAGAGGACGGAGAGGAGGAGGUGGAGCGGGAGAUCAUCAAGCAGGAGGAGAACGUGGACCCAGACUACUGGGAGAAGCUGCUUCGCCACCACUACGAGCAGCAGCAGGAGGAUCUGGCCCGAAACCUGGGCAAAGGCAAACGCAUCCGAAAGCAGGUCAACUACAACGACACGACGCAGGAGGACCAAGAGUGGCAGGAUGAUCUUUCAGACAAUCAGUCGGAGUACUCCGUGGGGUCCGAGGACGAGGACGAAGAUUUCGAGGAGAGGCCCGAAGGUGGACGCAGACAGUCUCGUCGGCAGAUGAAGAAUGAGAAAGACAAACCCCUGCCACCCUUGCUGGCACGAGUUGGGGGCAGUAUUGAGGUCCUGGGGUUCAACGCCCGCCAGAGGAAAGCCUUCCUCAAUGCCAUCAUGCGCUGGGGAAUGCCUCCCCAGGAUGCUUUCAACUCCCAUUGGCUGGUCCGAGACCUGCGAGGGAAGAGUGAGCGUGAGUUCAGGGCCUAUGUGUCUCUGUUCAUGAGACACCUAUGUGAGCCGGGGGCAGACGGAGCAGAGACCUUUGCUGAUGGAGUCCCACGUGAGGGACUGUCUCGUCAGCAUGUUCUCACCAGGAUCGGCGUCAUGUCUCUUGUGAGGAAAAAGGUGCAAGAGUUUGAACAUGUUAAUGGCAAGCUGAGCUCCCCAGACCUGAUUCCCAUCGGCAUGGAGCUGAAGAAGCUGACUGAGAGUUUAUCUUCUGACCCCAACACCCCUGUACCGGCCAGCCCUGUCGCUACACAGCCAGGCACACCCAUCCCACCAGAGAAGAGUGAGUUUCUCUUGGGUACCCCUGAAGACAAGGAGACCACAGAGCAAGAUGGCAAGAAACGGUCAGAGCAGGAAUCUUCCAGUGCGGAGCCAGCAUCCGUACCUGAGAAGUCAUCUGACAGUGAGGAGAGCAAGGCCAGCUCCGAGGAGAAAACAGCAGACGAGAGGGACAGAACCGAAUCACCCUCUGCAAAGACCGAACCAUCUGCCAACUCAAAAGAGUCCGCUUUGAAACAGACAGAACUGUCAUCCAGUCAAACUUCACCUAAAAUGGAGCCCUGCAAAGACACAGAGAAGUCCUCAGAAAAAGGAGAUACUGAAUCUCCUCUGGCAAAAACUGAAGACAAGGAAAAUAAACCAGCUGUUUCAGAUGAUUUGAAGAGUGAAGAUGCGUUAGAGGGUCGAUUAAAUGGAGACAAAGACACUUUGGAGGAGAUGGAUGAGAGCAGGAGGGAGGACAAAAAUGGAUACAAAGCCAAGUUCAUGUUUAAUAUCGCUGAUGGAGGUUUUACAGAGUUGCACACCCUCUGGCAAACUGAAGAGCGAGCGGCGCUGUCUUCCGGAAAGAUGCACGACAUCUGGCACCGUCGCCACGAUUACUGGCUUUUAGCCGGCAUCGUAACACACGGCUAUGCUCGUUGGCAGGACAUUCAGAAUGAUCCCCGUUAUGCUAUUCUGAAUGAGCCCUUCAAGACCGAGAUACAUAAGGGCAACUACCUGGAGAUGAAGAACAAGUUCCUGGCUCGGCGCUUCAAGUUGUUGGAGCAGGCUCUGGUGAUUGAGGAGCAGUUGAGGCGGGCAGCGUACCUGAAUAUGACCCAGGACCCGAGUCACCCGGCCAUGGCUCUCAACACUCGCUUCGCUGAGGUGGAAUGUCUGGCAGAGUCCCACCAGCACCUGUCCAAAGAGUCCCUGGCCGGGAACAAACCUGCCAAUGCCGUGCUGCACAAAGUGCUGAACCAGCUGGAGGAACUUCUGAGUGACAUGAAAGCUGACGUGACACGACUGCCCAACAUGCUGUCCAGGAUCCCGCCGGUGUCGGCCCGUCUGCAGAUGUCCGAGAGGAGCAUCCUGAGCCGCCUCACCAGCCGGGGGAGCGAGCCUCCGCCGCAGCAGCCUUUUAGCCAGGGGGGGUUCGGCUGCUCCCAGAUGUACAGCAGCAGCUUCGGUGGAGGAUUCAGAGGGCCGGGUGGUCAGCCGAUGGUCAACUACAGCCAGAUGCCUCUGGGCCCCUACGUCAGCGUGUCCUCUAACGGCCCUCCACCCCCUACAAGCCAUCUGGACAAGAAGUCACUUGACUCCCUGAGAGACGUGGCUACGCCUGACCUCAAAUCAAGCAAACCUAGUGAUGUCAUCUGUAUUGAAGACUAG